UGCUCUGAUUCUAGAGAAUAUUUUGAUGGAUAUUAACAGUUAUUCAACCUUCCUUAAAUUUAAAUUUAACAGAAAAUGCUGCGUGUCUCCUUUGGAGGAGUGCAGAAGUACAUCAAGCUGCCUGAACUAACAUUCGGUGAUUUCUUGAGAGAAGUGAGUCUAAAAUUUAACAUCGCUGAAGACAGACGGUUGGACAUCAAGGUUUAUGACCCGUCUAACACAGAGGUGGACUGUGAGGUUUUUGAGGAGAUCGUAAAAGGGUUCCAUGGACCUUUCCUGGUUUCAUUGGCCAAUGAAGCACCUGGUAACCCUCAGUCCACGUCAUCUCCAUGCUCUAUUGCAUCUGACGACACAGUGAUCCUCAACUUCUCGUUGUGUGACCCAGCUGAGGAGCCAGUUGCAGCCGAAGGAAGUCAACCUAAAAGGCCUUGCCGCAUCAACUACGAAGCAAAAGCUCUGAUUGAAAAAAUCUUGACGACAAAGCCUGGAGGUGACCGUAUCAUGGCGGAGUAUGCGAAAACAAAAUCAAUUUCAGAUUCAACCAGAAGACAGUUCAUCAACAUACUUACUGCAGAGAUGACGGAAACACAUGGGACAUCUCCGCCCCGGAGUGUAAAAGUGAUGUAUGCACAGGGGAUUGUCGCUCUGUUUCCAUAUCUUGAAGACCCAUAUUCACAGAAUGGCUAUGAACAUUACUACGAUCCAGAAAGUGGUUCAGGCUACCUUGCAUGGCGGUUGAAGACAAUUCAACGAAAAGCUGCUGAGGAAAGAGGUCCAGCAGUUAGUAAAUCUCUUAAAGUGGGUGGGCCAGGCCAUGGGCGUACUAGACCCUUUACUGCCGACAAAGUCCUGACUGACGAGGAAGUGGAAUGCGCGAUCGCUUUGUUGAGACACACUGCUGAUGAGGAGACCAUCCGUGAAAAGAUGAAAGUCACUUUCAUAUACCGCCACGCCAUGGUCAAUGAUGAUGACAAAUCAGCAGAGGUCUUCUCAGUAUUUCCACGGUUCCUAGACACACCAGGACUGAUAGAACAAGAUUUUAGACUGAUGUUUGGUGAGCAGACUGCCAACAAGUUCCUGGAGAGGUGGCCUACCACUUUCAAAGCAGGAGUCAUUAAGGAAAGCCAUGGACUGGUCCCCUCUACAGACCUUCUUGAUUUGAUGCGCAACGCUGAGACAACUACUGAAGUUGAAAAUGGCUGGGACAGUGACAUGUCUACCAUCAUACUGCUGCUACAUCUGCUACCACCAUCUGCACAGGGACGAAAGAGGCCAGGGAGGAUAUCAGCAUCUAAUGCAGUUGAUCACCUCAUCAAAUUCCUAAAGACGGGAACAAGCGUGCAGCAGCAUCUGGACAACAUCGCUCAAAGCAGGCAGCCCUACCUCCUUGCUCAGGGACCCAUAAAAAGCAGCAUUCACUCUUUCUUCAUUGCCAUCGACAAGCAUGCACUUCCCUGCCAAGCCACCACCUCAGUCGGAGCCCUGGAUGAGCUCUUCAAGGCCCACUAUGUGUUUGGUACAUCUUACAGUCCUGUCUUGAACAACUUUUUCACUUUUCUGCAAACUUCCAUUUUCAACAUUGACGUGGGGAAAACUAAGGAAACGCCAAGAAUUGCAGAGUUGCGAGCAAGAAUGGUGCGUUAGGCACUCUUGAAAUUAAACAAUGAGGUGCUUUCUUUGCAGCAAUGUCCUUGGUGAAGCAAACAGUCUAGUAAAGCACCUCAAAAUAAUACAUGGACUCUGUACGGGAAGGACUCUUCAUCUUCAAUGUGGCCUAGUGGGACGCUCACGUUUUUUCAAUAGUUUUUAUGGUCUUAGGAAGCAUCUGAGUAAGUGUUAUGUGAAUGUUAUUGUUGAAGCUGAACCACCACAUUGUCAAAGUGUUCUUGAUGGUAGUAAUGUUAAUCCCACAGAAGAGCCAUGUGAGGCUGAGCUUGAGUCAGAGCCAGCAUUAACGUCAGAACAUAGUUGUGCCUCUCAUUUCAGAUUUAAAGGCAGCAGGUGUAGCCCAGUCUACUGGUAAUUCUUUUGUGACCUCUAUGGAGGAUAUUGUGCAGAAAAUUCAUGAGUAUGCAAAAGUCAGUCAUCCAAGGUGUAUUUCGUGAUCUAAGAGAAACUGAAACAUGCAAGAAUGUGGAGAGAAUGACACCACUAUGUACGUUGUCCCAUAUUUUUAUCUCUGAGGAGUUAUCAGGAAAUAAAUGGUGCUACA